AUGUUGUUGUCACACAAGGAGAUGUUAACACGAUUAGGUCUUAUAGAAAAGCAGAUGACUGGAAUUACUGAAACUCUCUCUCGACUCGAAGCUCUUGCCUUCUCGGGUAAAAAUUGUGGCAAACGCACUACUUCAUCAUCGUUUGAUUCACCUAAGAUAUCUAUUCCUCUUCUUAACCAUGGAAAUUCAUCACUAGGUUCUCGGGGAAUCACUAGUUCUGUAGCGAAUCGUGAUAGUAUGUUGAAGAAGAUUGAUAUGCCGGUUUUCGAUGGUCGUUUGCCGUAG